CGGGGCGUCCGGGGCCGAUGACGGUGUGGCACGGCGGGGUGGCGUUGCGUUCUUGAGGGUGACUCAGCGAUUGGUCACGAAGGUAGCAAGGGUCGCCCUUCUACUGGGAAAGCCGGUGAGGUAGUAGGCGGACGGGAAAACGCGUUCCAAGUUCGAACGGGGCGAAAUGUCAAACGGGAAAGUCAGAUUAAGAGCUCAUGUGAUUACUUCGACAUCAAAGAUCAAAAUGGGGACUUCAGACAAGAAAGCAUUUCAUCUCCGAUGGGACAACCACAUGGAGAGUAUGCGCUCCCUGUUUGAAAGAUCAUACUACGACCAGGCGUUCACCGAUGUCACAAUUUCCUGUCCUGAUGGGAAACUACAGGCUCACAAGUUGAUUCUCUCAGCUUGCAGUCCAUAUUUUGAAUCAGUAUUCAAAGACAAUCCAUGCAAACAUCCAGUUCUAAUCUUCAGAGAAAUUAAGCAACGAGAAAUGUCAACUCUCCUUGAGUACAUGUAUAGGGGUGAAGUCGAUGUUCUUGACUCGGAACUUCAGCCCCUUAUUCAAGUUGCCACUGACCUUCAAAUUCGAGGGCUUGCUUAUGGAUGUCAAACUGAAACAACGGUGGCUUCAGGAAAAGGACCUUUGGCUAAACCGAAGGCAUCUGUCAUUGACACCAUUCAACGUUCAGCUACCACUUCCAAUGUGACAAGGAUAGCUGCCCCCAAAUCCAGAUUUUCUGCUCCACCCAAGGCUGUCCCUGAAGAUGUUGCUACUGCUGCAGUUGUCCAUGAGCCCACUCAAGCUGAGUUUGAUGCGUCUCAUUCAUCACGCACUGGACAGAAGAGAUCCUUGCCUCAUCCAACAGAAAGUCCUCCCAAAGCUAAAGUAGCUCACAAAGCUGGAGGACCAUCACCUAUCAGCCAGCCUCAUAUCAUGAAUGGGUCACCAGAGCAUUCCGUUCAGCAACCCUCAGUGAUUGCCUCACGGUCUCCCUCAACUAAUGGAAUUGAUCUGAGCAUUCCUUUAACCAAUGGAAAUGGUGCUCAUGAACGCAGUCAAGACCGACCCUACCAAAACGGCACUGCUAAGCUGUACAAUGAAAGCAGUGUUAUAUCAACUCAGGGCAAAGUCCAUGAGGUGGAUUCAAACUCUAGUGGAGAAAAUCAAGAGUCGGAAGAAGAGGACUUGAACCAAGACGAAAACAGUGGAGAGCUGGUCAUCAGGGAGGAGGAUGAGGGAGAGGAAGAAGGGCUGGGCUAUUUAUGUGAGUCUUCCUUCACUGAGGGUGAAACACCAAAUGGUGUGAUCCAAAAGGAGAUGAAUGGCGAUGCUCCUAGUGACGCCAAGGUCUCACCUUCAACGGUUUGUCCCUUCUGCUUCAUGGAUUUGAAAUCUUCAGAUCUCUUACGAGCUCAUGUUCAGAUGCAUACGGCUACCAACCCCCGCCCUCAUCAAUGUGAUGUUUGUCAAUUAUCAUUUGGUCGGUCUUCACAUCUUGAACGCCAUAAGAGAACCCACACUGGAGAACGUCCAUUCCAAUGCCCUAUUGUUACAUGUGGUAAGCGAUUUGCUCGUCAGGAUAAAGUGAAGCAGCAUGUGACAAGACACCACAAUAGCAACAUCCAAGGACCCCUGCAGAGAGCACCAAGAAUGCCCAAGUCUUUAGUAUCAUCAUUGGCUGGGAAACGACCCCGAGGCAGACCACGCAAGUAUGCAGACUCUUAUCCUGACCCAUACCCUGAAGCGUUUAUGAUGGGACAUCCAAUGUCAGAUGAUGGUGGUUUGGAUAGCUUACCUCGUAACAGUAUUGCCGCUGCUGAUAUGCUGCUGCAGCUCAGCUCCAAAGUGACCCAUCAUCAGCCAUCAGACUUCCUCAGUAAAGAGAACCAUGUUGUUGAGUCAGUUGUCACUCAACUAGCUGAGCCUAUCAAUGCCCACCAAUGAAAUUGUUGAAUAUUUUUGCCAAACUAUUGAUCAAGACUCAACUGAAGUGAUUUUUGACUUCAUUAUCAAACUAUUUCUUCCUUGUUUUUCUACUUGUCUAUCUAUUAACUAUAGGGCAUCCAUUGCAACUCAAAGGGUAUUUCCCGGUUGCCUUGAAGGCUGUGUAAGAUUCAAUUACUUCAAAACUCAGGUCAUACAAAUGCUGCAAAGCGCACUAUUGUGUAAUGUAAGACACCUCCGCAAUGCCAAGCUUUCCCUCAUGUUUCCAAAGAUGAGACGCAAAGCUGCUAGGAAAGACUUGACCACUGACUUAAAAAUCAGAAACUAUUUUGUAAUCAACAUUUUUAGACUGAUAUUUUUUCUCUUCUGAAUCCCUGCUUUUCUAUAGAUUGAUUUAGAAUUCUGUCAAACAAAAAGGAUGUCUUAUUUUGUAUUUUUUUCUUGCAUCAAUUUUAUGAAAACAAAAUUCAAGCCCAGAAGUUCAUUGUGUGUCGUAGUUUUAUUAAGCUUGUGGACAAUUAUCAGAGAAGGCAGCAAAUCAAUGAUUUUAAGGUGCAUGGAUCAAUGUUGACUCUCAUUUGUUGGACUUAUUUCCUCUCAAAUUUUCGAGGGGUUUCUGAUCUGGAGCAGCUGUAAGCCAAAUUCAUGCUUUCAUUCGAACAUAUUUUCUCACCCAGAUGUUGUAUUCUACAUAAUCUUAAAAUGUGUGUAUUUUGGUAUGGGGACUUCUUCUAUUCUUAAAUGUGAGGGAGAAUGUUUCCCUUUAUGUGUGAUCUGUGCCUGGGGAUGGCAUACUAAUAUUCUCUUUUGUUAGAAUUUUAAUUAAUCUGAAACAUUGUUUUGUUUCUUAAAAGUUGUUUCUGUUGUUUUAUUUUAAUUUUUAUCUGUUAGAAACACCACAUUUAUUAUUAUUUAUUAAGAACUUUACCAGUUUGUGUAAAGACACUGGUGGUUUGAAAGGAAAUAUGAGGUGUCCUUCUAUGACUUUUCUUUUACUUUGUGAUAAAUGGGAAUAUUUUAAUAUAACUGGAACUUAUGCUUUCAUUAAUAAGUUUUGUUGUUUGUGCUUUUCAGUUGAGUUUUAAAUUUAUUUAUUCAUAGUUUCUUUUCCCUUUUGACUGUAUGUCCCCAGAGAAUAAGUCUUGGAGAUAGAUUGUCUCUUUUAUUUUGACAUCUUAGAAUUAACUUGAGAAUCAGCUCGUGUGUGGAUGUAGUCAUAGCAGUCUAUGGUGGGUCACUCACAAAAAUAAUCCCAAAGAUUACUUUGCUAUGUGCCAAACAGUAAGCAAGUUUUGCAAUUAUUGACUUGCCAUUUGAAUGACCAAAUGCCUAUGACCAAAUCGUUAUUAAGAGUGAUGAUUCUUUAAUUUUAACCAUUGUGCAAUACUUGAACUGAGUUAGAUUUUAAGGCCAUGUACAUACAGUGUAAACAAGUACUAUUUUGCAUGGAUCGUUUUUGAGUGUGUUUCUACGGUAGUGUGUAAUGGUGUAGUCGUACAAUUCAGAAUUGAAAUAAGUAAUAUUACGUGGUAACUAUUUUUAAGUGACAUUAUUGUGUGACCAUUUCCUUUUGUCCCUUAUUCAUGUAGUGUGUUACCCAAGUAUCAGUCCUCCAUCAUAGUCAAGAAGGAUUGAAAUCAGAAUGCCAAGAUUGGGUUUUAUUAUGCCUUUGCUUUAAUCGCUGCCAUUAGUAACUUUUUUGUUGGAUCACAAGGUUCUGCUUGGAGCCUGAUUUACAUGAGACUGUUACCAAAAAGAAAGAAAAUUUAUGUGUUACUUGGAUAUAAAUUGGUAUUUAUUUUAUAUCUAAUGACUGUUUCCGUAUCGUAUCUUCCAUUCAUUGAACCACAUCUUCUUGCAUCUAACUGUAACGAAUACUUUCUGUACAAUUAUUUUCCACUCUGCAGCUGUGCUUUCCAAAUUUGAAGUCAGCUAUUAAUUUCAUGAUUGGUUUAGACCAUUUGAAAUGUGUUUGUGUGUGUGUGUGUGUGUAAGACUUUUUAUUGUCAAGAGUUCUAUUUAAGUAAAAUUUGGAUGAGGUGUAAUGAUAGUCAUUCCAGACAUGUUAGAUUAGAAAAUAUUUUUUGUGUGCCGAUAUUCCCUUGGAGCUUAUGUGAUAUAUAUUUCAGAUAUACUUUACGGUUCCAUUUCUCUGUAAGCAGUAAAAAAAAAUAAUUUGUAUGACUAUUUUUAGACAGGAAUGUGUAAUGCUUCCUGUCUUUGAUGCCAGAAGUACAAUUUCCAGUAUUUGCUUGUACCUGGAACUUUCCACACCUGUGUGAUCUCAUUUAUUGUAGAUGCGUAUUACCAAAAAUUACAUGUGUAAUCAAAAGCAUUCCAAAACAUUGUCUGAUUAAGAAAGCAAAAAGUCUGAAUGAACUAGAGUAGUGAUAGACAGCAUAUAUGAUCCAAACUUUAAAACUUGUACAUAAUUCCACUUCAAGUGACAUUGCACUGAAGAUUUUUUUUUAUUUCUGUAGUGUUGUAAGUCAUAUCAUAGGCUGGUAAAUAGACUUCCAAAGAAUUCCAUGGUUAUGGCAACAGAGAUAAGGGAAGCUUUCAGCUUUUUUCCAAUCAUUAUAUAGGAAGUAGUUUGUAGUGUAUGAAGUGUUCUGAACUCAAAACAUUGAUGGAAGUUAUCAACGUGCCAUGUGUAUGAUAAUUGUUUUAAUGAUUAUUUGAAUCAUUUGCAGUAUUAUGAUGUUUGAACACACAAAGUCCUAAAUUGAAUCCUAAUUUUGUUUCUAGAAACAUAGUGCAAAGUUGUGAGCAACUUGAAAAACUUGUUGAUUGCAAGUCACUAUGCCAGUCUUGCAUUUAUUAUGAUUUACAGUCACUAUAUCUUAAUUUCCUAAGACUUCCUCAAUGAACAGCAGUUUCAAAAGCACUGUUGCUACUUGCUUUCUCUAUAAACUAACAAUGAUGUUACUUGGUUCUUCUCUGUAAAAUUUUUCACUUGUUGAAUCACCUGUUAAAAAUGCACUACAGCUGUUUCCCCACGCUGUUAUAUUCACACCAUGUGUGUUUCAUCUUUGUCAAGAACUCCAUCAUUUGUAGCUGAGUGGUUAAUUGCCCAAGCCCACAUAAUUUGAGUGGAAAUUCUGCACACUACUCUGUCAAUCAAAGGUGAUAGUUAUCAGACCAAAGAAUUUGUGAUGCUUCUAUUGUUGUGUCUAAUUGGUGUCAUAUAUAUCAACUGUACUUCAUGAAUUGGCAAUCUGUGUCUGAUUACUCUGGUUAUAAGUGACUCGAGUCCUUUUUGAUAAUCGAACAACAUCAGAAACAGCAACAAAGCAGGGUUGUUAUUUCCUUUUGUGGGGCAUCUCUGCUUGCAAAAUUACAUUGAAAUAUAAAUAUACUUUUUUCAAAUGGUAUCUUGGGAACUGUAUUGUUAUUUUUCUCUUAAUGGUUCAUCGCAGCAGUUAGACUGAUAGUUAUGCUGAAGAUAUACAUAUCGAAAUGUGAAUGUAAUGACGAGGCUGAUUGCAGUUGAAGUAGUAAUUGCGAUGUGCCUCUUCUGGUGGAGUGUGCAUCAUUCCUGGUUUUAAGAGUGUAUUUUCUUAUAUUGGGCAGGGUAAGCAGAGUACUAGUCUGUGUGCAUUCCAAGAACUGAGGUCUGAAAAUAAUAAGCUACAUUUAUCCCCUUUACCUUGGUAAGUGAGUGCUAUGAUGAUACCUUUACAAAAAAAUGAAAAAAAUAAAAAUAAAUAAAAAAUGCUCCCAAGUUCAGAUAUGUGUAAAAUUCAAAUAUUUUCUUACAAAUGUUUUGGAUCCGAUUUGUCACCUUGCCAUAAUAUUAUUUAUUAUACCUUUUGAUAAUGUGUGUUUGCAUGUGAAACUAUAAAUUUAACUUUGCCUCCAAUAAAUUUUCCCACAUGUA